UGUGAGAUGGCGUUUCCCCGCGUCAAGCCCGCAGCAGACGAGUCAGCGUUCAGCGAGGCGCUGCUCAAGAGGAACCAGGACCUGGCUCCCACCGCGGCUGAGCAGGCUUCCAUCCUGUCCCUGGUGACCAAGAUCAACAACGUCAUCGAUAAUUUAAUUGUGGCACCGGGAACGUUCGAGGUGCAAAUCGAGGAGGUUCGCCAGGUGGGCUCCUACAAGAAGGGCACCAUGACCACGGGGCACAACGUGGCCGACCUGGUGGUGAUCCUGAAGAUCCUGCCCACCCUGGAAGCCGUGGCAGCCUUGGGGAACAAGGUGGUGGAGAGCCUGAGAGCGCAGGACCCCAGCGAAGGUGAGCCCUGUGGAAGCCGUGGCAGCCUUGGGGAACAAGGUGGUGGAGAGCCUGAGAGCGCAGGACCCCAGCGAAGUCUGCAGGGUCACUACGCCGUGAUGAACAACCCCACCCGGCAGCCCCUGGCCCUCAACAUCGCCUACAGGCGCUGCCUGCAGAUCCUGGCGGCCGGGCUCUUCCUGCCCGGCUCCGUGGGCAUCACGGACCCGUGCGAGAGCGGCAACUUCCGCGUGCACACGGUGAUGACGCUGGAGCAGCAGGACAUGGUGUGCUACACCGCCCAGACCCUGGUGCGCAUCCUGAGCCAUGGAGGAUACAGGAAGAUCCUGGGGCAGGAGGGUGAUGCCAGCUACCUGGCCUCUGAGAUGUCCACGUGGGACGGGGUGAUUGUGACGCCGUCGGAGAAGGCGUACGAGAAACCGCCGGAGAAGAAGGAAGGGGAGGAAGAGGAGGAGAACCAGGAGGAGCCGGCGGCCGGGGAGGAAGAGGAGAGCAUGGAGACGCAGGAGUGACACCUGUGGCAGCUGCAGCAGGUGAGGGGACACA